AAUCUUAUUCAUCAUCCCCUUACUACAAACAUCAUCCCACCACCUCCAGAGACUCGCGCGCCCCAUUCUCCCCCUAACUUCCGAUUCUAUCAUGGGUGGCUGUGCGAGCAAACCUAAGGAGUUGGACAGCCAUGCCCGCUCUCCUUUAAGCUCUGACAACACUCAGCCUGAGACAACUGCUCAGAGCAACACAAACGGAGGUGAGAAUCAGAUUGAGAAGGCUGAACCGGAGGGGGAAAAGGAGGCUGAAACCUCGUCCUCUGAGGCUGUUUCCGCGGGGACAGAUGUUCCCAAAGCUGAGGAACCGACGGAGGACGACGAAGUUAAAGCCAGCAAGGAGGAUAAUGAAGAUAAGGUGGAGGAUGUCACAAAAGAAGCGGUGAAGGAAGCUGAAUCAGGUGCGCAUAAAUCAAAUGAUGUGCCCCCAAGCAAGGAAAAAGUUAAAAGUGACGCCCCUGUCGAGGACGGAUCAAAAAUCCAAGCCUAGAGGGUUCAUGUUAUAAAUAUACAUUCCAUCAGAUCAGCUUGAUAUCAGUUGUAACAUUUGAAUUUCAAUUCUAUCCACCUAUAACAUUA